CGGACUGAAAGGCUGGAGUAGGAAAACACAGCCGUGUCUCCCCAAAUGCAAGAUCCAGUGCCCGAACUGCAUCCUGAAAAAUCUUUAAACACCAGCACAAGAAUGUCACGGAAGAAUUCCAGAGAAACUAAAAAAGUCAAUGUUUCCAGUUCCUUGGAGUCUGAAGAUAUUAGUUUGGAGACGACACUGCCGACUGAUGAUAUCUCCUCCUCGGAAGAACGGGAGGGGACCAUCAAAAUUACCCGGCAGCUGAUAGAACGGAAGGAGCUGCUUCAUCAUCUCCAGUUGCUGAAAAUAGAGCUUUCCCAGAAGAAAUUGAUGGUAGACAACAUGAAAGUGGAGUACCUGACAAAAAUUGAAGAACUAGAAGAAAGACUUAAUGAUGCUCUCCAUGAAAAGCAGCUGCUAUCUUUGCGACUAGAUAACCAACUGGCAUUACAGCAGGAAGAUGCUCGGAAACAUCAGGAAUUAAUGAAACAAGAGAUGGAAACCAUCUUGCUGCAUCAGAAGCAACUAGAGGAGACCAAUCAUCAGUUACGAGAGCGGGCAGGAGACAUCCGUCGCAACUUACGUGACCUUGAACUGACUGAGGAACACUAUUCCAGACUCAAAUCCCUUCCUGAGGAUGAACUUUCACUUCCUGAAUAUGUGUCCACUAGAUUCCACGAGGCAGUGCAUCCCUUAAAAAAAGAACUAAAUGAGCUGCAGGUGAAAAGGGAGCUGUUAACAGAAGAACUGAACGAUUGCAAAUCUCAGCUGAAAAAUCUGAUGGAGAGUUAUGAAACAGAGAGAAGAAAUCGAUCAGAGCUAGACAUUCGAUGUCAACGUUUAGCACUCGAACUAGCAGACACAAAGCAAAUGGUUCAUCAAGGAGACUAUAGGCAAGAGAAUUAUGAUAAAGUAAAAUGUGAGCGGGAUGCAUUUGAACACGACUUGUCGGAACUCCGAAGGAAAUACGAAAUACUAGAAGUGUCUCACACAGCACUAACCAAAGAAAGAAACGAUUUAUCAAAAGAGGUUGCGAGUUUACAGCAGUCUGUUACCUUGCUACAAAAGGAUAAGGAUUAUCUCAACCGUCAAAACAUGGAGCUCAAUGUUCGCUGUGCUCAUGAAGAAGAUCGUCUGGAAAGGCUUCAGGUUCAGCUAGAAGAUGCCAAAAAGACCAGGGAGGAGAUGUAUGAGAAAUAUGUGGCAUCCAGAGACCAUUAUAAAACAGAAUAUGAAAACAAACUUCAUGAUGAACUGGAACAAAUAAGGCUGAAAACAGCCCAAGAGAUAGAGCAUCUUCGAACAGCUACCAAGGAAAUGUAUGAACGCGAAAAUAGAAAUUUGAGAGAAGCAAGAGACAAUGCUGUGACUGAAAAAGAGAGAGCUGUUGCGAGUGAAAAAGAUGCAUUUGGAAAAUACGAGCAGCUUUUAGAACAGUAUCGGCAGCUGCAGCUCAGCACAGAAAGCAAAGUGGCGGAACUCCUCCACCAGAAUAAAUUAAAGUCCUUUGAAAGCGAGCGCACGCAGCUCAUGCAAGAGGAAACCUCCAAGAAUCUUUCACAGUGUCAGCUGGAGUGUGAGAAGUACCAGCGAAAACUGGAAGUUUUAACCAAAGAAUUUUACAGUCUUCAAGCAGCCAGUGAGAAGCAGAUUUUGGAACUUCAGUCGCAAAAUUCUGACUACCAGGCAAGACUCGACACAUAUGAAAAACUGGAAAAAGAGCUGGACGAGAUUAUAAUGCAAACGGCAGAACUGGAAGACGAAGAUGAAGCAGAGCGAGUUCUGUUCUCCUAUGGAUAUGGAGCUAACGUUCCCACUACAGCCAAAAGACGGUUGAAACAAAGCGUCCAUUUGGCAAGAAGGCUGCUGCGGCUAGAGAAGCAGAACUCCUUACUCACCAAAGACCUGGAGCGCCAGAAGGAGCAAGGAACCCGGAUUUCACAAGAGCUGGACAGAGCAAAUUCUUUGCUGAAUCAAGUCCAACAGCCUUAUAGAUACCUGAUUGAAUCUGUGCAACAGAGAGAUGCUGAGAUACUUUUGCAGAAAGAACAUAUUGUGCAACUUGAGAAGGACGUUGGCCUUUUAAAUAAAGAAAAGACAGCUUUGCUGCGUGUCAAGAAUCAAAUGGCAGCAGAUUUAGAAAGGCUUCUAAAUCACCGUGAGGAACUUGCUGUGAUGAAACAGAUGUUGAUAAAUCUUCAUGGGAAACCCCAUGGAGACACUUUGCCUCAGAAAAAGGUUCGAAGUCCGCCGGCAAAAGCCCAAUCGAAUUCGUCGGUCAAUUUGCCUUUAGAGCGCGAGGCAGAAAACGUGUUUGUGCCCAAACCAACAUUAUUUACAAAUAAAGCACCACCACCAUGGCUGAAGAAGGUGAAGCAGAAAAAAAACCAGUAGUCCAGUAACCUGAAGAAGUAAAUGUUGGUUGCAUUCAUGUUAUGAACACUUUUUAAACGAAAUACUUAAGCAACAUUGAUGUCUGAUUUUGUAUUUUUACACUAUCUUUGCAGUAAACGGCAUUAAGGACUCUUGUUGAAAAAUAAAUAACUAA